UGAAAAUUCUCACAAUGUGACCUACAUGUGAGUCACAUGUAGGUCUGCAAAAAUUUGUGUCAUUUUGAGCUCUGGACAAGGAUCAUGGGGGACGAAAGCAAGGAUGAGGAAGACAACUUCCUGACCAUCCAGGAAUGUUUUAUCUUGCACAAUGCUGAGCCCCGCGGCAAGGGGCCAGCUGCUGAUGACACCGCACCAGAACAAGCAUGGGGAGAAGCGGAUUACCGGAUAGGGACUUACAACGAAGCAUGGCAGCGAGUGAGCGCCAAUGUGCAAGCGGAGCUAGAUAAGCUACACCAGCCCUUCUACCAGUCCGUCGCUGACCGUCUCAGCUGUAUCCAUUACGACUCCCAACUUUCCUACGGACCCCCCUCCAACCAGCAGGGCGAAUCCACCCCCCCUCAGCUGGACCCCGACGCUUUGGCGGCCCUGCGACCCUUCCAAACCCUGCACAGUCGGCUGUAUACGGGGCUGCUCCUUCUUGGGGGGGUCACCCCCUCGGAUCACAGCGGGACGAUCAGCGAACUGGCGGGGUAUCUGCGUGAAAGGGGGUUACAUGUGGCUUACAUGUCGAUGGCCGGGGGGGUGCGCAGGGGGGCAAACGAGGCGCUGAAGGGACUUGUGAAGCAGCUCGUGGGGGUGGAGCUUGAGGCUGCCGACGUUGACGCAUUGCGGGCGUGGCACCGACAGGCUGCCAAUGGAGACCAGCCGAUCGUGAUUCUUUUGGAGGACCCAGAGGCGGCCGACCCGACUACGUUGGAACAACUGGUGCUCAUCCUUAGCGAGUGGCGCUCCGAGCUACCUAUCUUUCUCCUACUUUCCGCAACCGCCGCCACAUCACUCCAACUGCUUCUCACCCCCGCGGCGCUCUCCCUCCUCCGCACCGAAGUCUUCCCAACCCCUCCCCCAGCAAACCGCCUACACGCCGUAGUUACCGCCCUUUUCUUCGACCACGAUCUAGGGUUCGCACUUUCCCCCCCGGUUCUAGAAUGGCUCUACACGCAGUAUUUUACGCAGCAUGCAACCGUGGGUUCGCUUUUGGGGGGGGCUAGAGCGGCACUGCUCCAGAGGUGUGGGAGCCAGAAGCUCGCCUCCCUGGAUCGGUUCGGGGGGGACCGGCCCGCGCUGGAGAAGGCGCUGAGGGGGAUGCCGGUUGCGGAGCUAAGGGCUGCGGCGCGAGUGUCAGCAGGUCAGGCGGAGUCGAGCAGCAAGGCCCUCGUCGGACGGCUGUCGGACGCCCUAAACAACGCCUGGCAGCGCCGACGAGACAUGGCUGCCGCCGUGCAGUUCCUUUACCUCGCCUGCCAAGCCACGAACUUCGCCCAAGUCGCCCUCCCCCAGCUCCACCGCUGGUCCGCCCGCCCCAGCUUCUUCGAUGACGUCACCCGCCACGUCAGCACGGCCCCGUCCCCGCUCACGUUGUUCGAUUCCGCCGGUGUCGCCGAACCGGAACCGGAGGCGAUUAAGGGCCAGGGCCGGCGUUUGGUGGGUAUGGUUACGCGGGGGAUACGGGAAAUGAGCAACGAAGGAGCGCAACGUUUGGUGGAAGAGUGGCGGGAAGCGUGUCGGAGCGACACUGAGUUCUUGCGCCAGGUACAAUCGGAGCUUGCUGAAGUGUCCGCUUCCUGGGACAGCCCUGAAUCAGCACCGGUGGGGGAGCCAAGCAGAUCCGACACGAACGGGGGGCACGAGCCAGCCCCAAAAAGCCCCACUGAAAAAGAAGUGGGGGCAGCGGGGGCUGCACGGGACGGGGCCGGCGCAGGGGCGGAAGAGGCGUCUGGAAGUCAGAGGGCGAGAGGGGGGGUAGAACCAGCGCUGAGAAGUUCCCCCCGAAGGAUUAUUGGGGCCGCAGGGGCAGCUCGGAUGAGCAGGUCAUUGGGGGACAAGAAGAGGGAGAAAGCUGAGGGUCCAAGCACAAACGGGGGAGACGGGUCAGGAGUCAGAAGCUCCCCCCGAAGGGUGGUUGGGGCAGCGGGGGCGGCGCGGCAAGAACGGGUGAGAGAGACGCACAAUGGAGGUAACGGAAGAAAUGACGACAGCAGGGGGGGUGAAGCUCCGCUUAGAAGCUCCCCGCGCAGGAUUGUCGGGGCAGCGGGGGCGGCGCGGCAAGAAAAAGCAAAUGAGACGCAGGGGGGGCUAAACGGUGCCACUGACCAUGCCGGGGGGGUGGGAAUAGCUGUCCGAAGCUCCCCCCGGAGGGUAGCGGGAGCGGCAGUGGCGGCGCGAGGGGGGGCAGUGGUGGGAGAAAAGCGAAAGGCGAACGGGGGGCGGUUGUCGGAAGAUGCGGAACGGAUGCAAAUGAUGCACCGGGGGCAGAGCGCAGCGGAGAAGCGGAGGAAGGCCUUGAGUGCCCCCGUUGUUGCAAAGGACCCGGGGGAUCCCCGAAAAGACAAGCUGGGCACGCUGCUGCGACGAAUGGUCGAGCGCUUUAUUGCGGCUUCUCAACCGGCACCGCUUGACGAGCUCUUACGCUUUGAUGACGUCAGCGCUUUGGAACAGGCUCUGUCGCCGCCCCUGCGAGGCCUUGUCCAGCAGGCCCUCACUUCUACCCGCACGCUCCUGCCUUGCGACUGCUGCUCAGCCGAGGGCGAAACGGGGCCCACUCUGCACGACACCUGCACAGCGUACCGAUUGUGCGCCAAGUUCGGCGACCACGUCAGCAUCACGGCUUGGUACGAAGCGUUCGCCUCCGUCGUUGGGGGUCCGUCCGCCGUGACUGACUCAGACCACGCAAUGGACCCCCCUCCAGAGUCGUCAGCGAAAGUUCCGCCCCAUCCGACGGAACGGGAGUUCCCUUUGCAAAAGGUCCGGGGGAGAGGGAAGCCCCGGAAACGGCUGCUUCCGCAGGAGAAGGAAGCGGACGGAAAAUGGAACGGGGGAGAGAGGGAGGCUGCGCGCGCGUUCACAGAGGAAGAGAGGGCGACGCUGCAAGCUCGCUUCUUCCAAGCCACGGCGGAGCUGCAGUUUCUUGGCCUCAUAAGGCCCUCCCCGCGGAGGUCUGAGCAUGUCCAAAAGGUGACGUGCUAGACGUCACGCUAACACCUGGAUAAGCGGCGGUAUUGCUUUACAAAGACCAGCCAGAACUUGAAGCUUGCACGCCAUAAGCAUGCAAACGGGGCCAGUUGUGCCAAAAAAGGCGCAACAAGGAACUCAGACCCGUGCCUUCAAUGGAAUAGACGUGUUACUUACAUUCAAGAGCCUCCACAACCUCUGAC